UUCUGGGUAAUGGAGUUUCCCGGGAACUCCGCGCGGCCUUGGUGCCCGCCGCAGAGCCCACCCGGGCGCAGGAUCCCGGUCGCUCAGCUGGUGUCUGCGGCCCGGGCGAGAACUAGGCUGAGCGGCCCGACAAGCAGGUGCCUCCGGCGGGGUCUGAGGCCCUGAGGAUGUUUGCGGUGUUCCGGAAGCCCAAGACGUUCAAGCUGCGGGCUCUGCACAGCCAGAAGAAGUUUGGGGUGGCGGGGAGGAGCUGCCAGGAGGUGCUGAAGAAGGGGUGCCUCCACCUGCAGCUCCCUGUCGCCGGCUCCCGUCUGUGCCUCUACGAAGACGGUACAGAGCUAACUGGAGAUUACUUCUGGAGUGUGCCUGACAACUCGGAGCUGGUGCUUCUCACCUCGGGCCAGACCUGGCAAGGCUCACCCGGGAACUGGCUCUUCUAUCUGGUCCUCCUCCUGCUGGCAGAUGUGAGUGACAUCAGUGGCUUCCUCAGCGCGUUCCACAGGCCGUCCGCGGGGCUCAUCCAGGCCGCUCGGCAGCUGCUCUCGGACGAGCGGGCCCCACUGCGGCAGAAGCUGCUGGCCGACCUCCUGCACACCAUCAGCGAGAACAUCGCGGCCGAGACCAGGGCUGAGGACCCACCAUGGUUCGAAGGCUUAGAGUCUCGAUUCCAGAGUAAGUCUGGGUACCUGAGGUACAGCUGCGAGAGCCGGAUCCGGAGCUACCUGAGAGAGGUGAACUCGUAUGCCCCCACUGUCGGCGAGGAGGCCCAGGGGGAGUAUACCCGCAUCGUUGAUCUCAUGUGCCAGAAGCUGAGGGCGGUGCAAUACAAUGGCAGCUACUUUGACAGAGGAGCCAGGGCAGGCCUCCGGCUCUGCACCCCAGAAGGCUGGUUCUGCUGCCAGGGUCCUUUUGACGUGGACAGCUGUGCAUCCAAACACUCCAUCAAUCCCUAUGGUAACCGGGAGAGCCGGGUCCUCUUCAGCACGUGGAACUUGGACCACAUAAUAGAAAAGAAGCGCACAGUGGUCCCUGCACUGGCGGAGGCCGUUACAGAGCGAGAUGGCAGAGAAGUGGCCUGGGAGUACUUUUACAGCCUGCUCUUCACCUCUGAGAACCUGAAGUUGGUCCACAUCGCCUGCCAUAAGAAAACCACCCACAAGCUCAGCUGUGACCCACACAGGAUCUACAAACUGCCGACGAAGUCCAAGAGGCGGCGGCCAGCCCGGAAGUGCCAGUGACGGGCUGCAGGUGCCUCCUGCCCUGGCCUGUGCACGAUCCCAGAGGUUCCUAGGAAACCUUCAGGGGCCACAGACUUUGACCUCAUGUUUCUGAAUCAGUUUCUGCACCUCUGAGAGCCCAAGCGCCCAGGGACAAGUUUGGUGCACUGCAGGGGGCACGUGUGGGUUGGCAGUGACGAGCCACACUCCUCAGUGCAGGGGCCCACCUGCCCUGAAGUCCUGUGGCUAUGCACGCACAGAGUGGCCUCUACACUGACACGGCAUCAGGCCAGAUGUCUCCGCCAAUCUCCGCUCCACGGCGGAUGUGGAGCUCUAGUGUCUGGACAUUUCUGAUUGCUCCAGCUCAUUUGGGGUAAAAUGUUUGUAUUCCAUAAAGCUUGAGCAAAGACACGUGCUAUCGUGUCGUUUAUGAUUCAGAGAGCAGGAAACCCUCCCUGUGUGUGUCUGUAGGGGACAGGCUGACUGUGGUAUUGUGUUGAACCCACUGGAAGUUGCUGUUGUUGUGAAUCGGAAGUGGUCCGAUGUCAUGACUCAGUCUUACCCAUCGACAUCAUGUGAAGCCGUGUAGCCGUUUUGUGUUUUUAUGUACAAAACAGGGGCUGUGUGUCAGGCACAUGAGGCAGCCAGUGACUUUACCAUGCAGUGUGACCUGCAGGUUUGUAACUGGCUGUGCAUGUGUGUCACACUAGUGUGUUAGUGCAUGCAGGAAUCUGCAAGGAAACACACUGUCUGGACAGCAGUAACCCUGGGGACGUGGUGGGGACGUGCUGGAUUACAAAGGGCUAAUUUUCUUUAUUUUUUUUUUAAGGGCUAAUUUUCUAAAUCAUGUAUUUUAUAAAACUUGAAGUUUUUGAAAUAAGCCUUUAUUUCAUAAUCUUUUAAAAUACUUUUUACAGUCAUGCAGAUUGUAAUAUUUGAAUUUUUAUAUUUGUAUAAUCAUAAAAAGUAAUAAAAGAUUUUCAUAAGUAGACACCAAAAAAAGUUUGCACUGUCUGGGGAUGAUAAUAAGGAUAAAAAUAAAGGGUGAUUUUUAAAAAAAUGA